UGUGUUAGCAACAACGUGUUUAUAUGAAACAUUGGAACGGAAAAAAUGGACUUGGGGUGGGUAUGGCAUUGAAGACGAAAUGUGUGUAAAUUAUAUACACUACUACCCGGCAUCUGAGAUAGAAGUGUGUAAAUCUGCAGUUUCCAAUUCAUCUCUACACUCCUUUUUCUCGAAAUUAGGAGUUGUUGACAAACGACCUAGCAUUCAAGAGAAAUAUUUGUCGAUUAAAUGGAAUACAGCCAAAAUUGGAUUAUUACGUGAAUUUUAUCAUGUUUCUCCACUAAAUGUUGCAUGCCUUAAACAUUCUGGGCAGCUAUUUAAAGUAGAAGUUUUGUGUUUUUAA